AUGAUGCUCGCGACCAAGUCCUCCUCCGACUCCAGUCUCGACUCGACCGCAUCCGAGGAGGAGGUCGAACGGAAGGUCGUGUUCGUCCUCGGCGACGACGAGAAACUAGUCGGGUUGAAGAACAAGUCUAACGGCGGGAAAAGCGUCAAGAGGUCCUCCAGAAUACAACACGAGCCGGUAAAUCUGGACGCGGUCCAGAAAGCCGGCGACGAGGAAGAGAACGGCGACGGCCGGCCGCCUUGCGAGCAGAGAUGCGCCCGAAGCACCGACAGCCCCUCCAAGUGCUGCGCGCAAACACUUCAACAUUCCAAACCGAUAAAACAUUCCGGCUUUAAGUUCGAGUUCGAUAAGUACCCCCAGAUAGUCACUAAUUAUAUGAAAAGCAAGAACUUAGAAAUAUUAGACAGGCACUACAUCGGGAAACCGGGGAAUCUGAAGCUGGACAACUUCCAGUUCGACCCGACCGUCGUCCCGCCGAUCCAGGAGGAGCGGUGCGAGGCGUGCUACAAGUGCCAGAUGAUGGAGUCGAUGCUGCAAACCCCGACGAACGCCUCCGAGUUGGAGUACAUGAACGACGGACCGCGGCAGUCGGACCCGCAGUACGCGAAGGAGUCCAUAUGUGAGUGUGGAAGUGAGCGGGGCACGGCGUGCGAGCAGGACGGCGACAGGGGCGCGGUGCGGCAGGUCAUCGAGUUCUCGGGGGCACGUGCGUGCGAGCAGGACGGCGACAGGGGCGCGGUGCGGCAGGUCAUCGAGUUCUCGGGGGCACGUGCGUGCGAGCAGGACGGCGACAGGGGCGCGGUGCGGCAGGUCAUCGAGUUCUCGGUGCCGCGCGUGGCGCGCCGCCCGCAGCCCGCCGCCGGGCUCGACGGCGCGCUGCUCGGCGGCCUCACCGACCAUUAUGUACCUGAUUUAGUUUUACAAGGAACAAUAUCAAAACCUCAGACGUGGGAGAUGGAUCUCCGGCGUGACCUGGAUUUGGCGUCCUACCUCAAUAAGGCGAGCGACGCGGGCGCCAUGCCUGUGGCUAUCGUCGGUGAUACAGACGCUUGGGAGGUGCGGGUAGUGGGGCGUGAGGCUGGCGGGGGAGGGGGCAUGUCUGCGCUGGUGGGCGCCAUGCUCGACGCGCUGCCCGCUAUGUGUCGCGCACGCGUGCCCGCGUACCAGUGCCUAUUAUACCUCGAAGGCAAGCUCCGCGAGUUCUGUGUCCUAUCCAAAACGCUCGCCGACAUGCUUGAUGUCGACUGACUUCUGCGACAUCGCGACGCUAACCAAAGCACUCAACAUCGACGUAAACGACGUGCCACUGCUGCUAGCCAUCGCCACCACGCACACGCCACAAGUCGCCGCUAGAUACGGCAUCAGUUACAGGUAGUAAGGGAAAUAAGAAUGUAUCUGAUUGAAAUAGUUGCUAAGAAUCGACCUGCUCGCCAAUGCCGUACGCUAUAUUGCCGCAUACAGCUAGCAAGCGGAAUCAGAACGUGGCUAGUUACAAUAGCUCAAUUAUCUGUGACUGGUGAUC